GGAGAGCAGGCACCGAGGGUCCCUCGGGAAAAAAAAAAGGGGGGGGUCUCCUGCGGGCCCUUUCCCAGCUAAGGGAGCAAAUCCUGGGGGAUCUUUUGGGAUCCAGCCGCUUGAUUGCUCUGCAAAAAAAAUCCACCCCCACCCCCCGAAGGAGAGAUGCCGGAAGGAAGAAAAAAGCUGAUGCAACGUGUGGAAGCAGAAACCAAGGUUUUACAGGACGCUCAGAUGCCUUUGUAGCGCAAAGUGGGGGGAAAAAAAUUGGAAAAAGGAGGCAGCUUUUCUUCCUUGACCGACAAGGAUCCACGAAACCUGAGGAAUUGCCCUUGAACGCCGGCAUAGUUGCAACAGUUUGGAUCCCGGGGGCAGGUUCUGGAUCGUCGGGCUGGGUGGAUCUUUUUGCCUGGAGACCGUCUGAAAAGUACAAUGGAAGAGCGGGAUCUGAGGGAUCCCUCACCAAAGAAAGACCCUCGCGGAGGGGAACCCCUGCCCCAAGGGAUGGGCAGAGAGAUCAAGCAGGAACCGGAUGAGGGAUCCCUUCAGCAGUGGGAAACUCAAUGGCGGGAGUUCCUGAAGACGGUGGAGACUCCGUGUCCGGGGAGCUCUAAGCCACCCGUGGAUCUGUGGGAAAACAGUUCGGCCUUCCUGGACUCCUUUGAGCAGGUGGCCCAGGCCUGUCGGUGGCCCAAGGAGGAAUGGGUACCCCGGCUCCAGCCAGCCUUGAGCGGAGAGGCCGAGCAGGCCUUUCUGAACCUGGGCGGGUGCAGCAAGGGGGAUUAUGGGAAAGUGAAGGCAGCCAUUUUGCAAAGGGAAGCCCAGCGGCGGGAGGAACAGCGUCAACAUUUCCGGCGCUUCCGUUACCAGGAAGCUGAAGGGCCCCGAGGGGCUUACAGCCGACUCCAGGAACAUUGCCGGCGGUGGCUGAAGGCGGACAUGUCCACCAAAGAGCAGAUCGUGGAGCUGCUGAUCCUAGAGCAGUUCCUGGCCAUCCUGCCGCCGGAGAUGCAGCGCUGGGUCCGGGCGUGUGGCCCAGACAACUGCUCCCAGGCAGUGGUGUUGGUCGAAGACUUCCUUGGGAAGAAGGAAGAGCUCAGCAUGUGGGAACACCACCCAGGGGGCUGCCCUGUGGAGAUCAGAGAUCUUGAGGGAAAGAAGAAUCCAUCAAAUCUUCCCGGGGAACUAUUUUUCAGGAAGAUCCCUUGGGAAGAUCCAAGUCGGGACCCCUCAGGAGAAAUACAAAGAGUGAAGUUUUCUGGUUUUUCUGAUGGAGCUCAAACAGCGGUUGAACCUCCAAAUCAAGUAUUGUCGGAGGAAGUGGCAACAAUCUCCAGAAUUAGCCAGGUUGAAUCUGAGGCUGGGUGGAGGAUGCUGUAUGUGGAGACCAAGCAGGAGAACGAGGACGCCAGUGCUGACCACUUAGGAUCCGAAUGGAAAAGCGAAACAGAGGGAAAACUCUGUGGAGAUUUCUCGGAAGAAACUGAGCAGGAACCUUUUGAAGAGAAAGUCUGGAGCCGAGUUCAAUCCGCACACCAAGAAAGAAACCAACAAGGAGAAUGGAUCGAUAAAUCCCUUCCUUGUCCAGUCGGAGAAGUCCAUCAAAUCUCACUCCAGCAAACCCGCCAGGGAGGAGAGGAAAGGAAUGGAUGUCCCAGUGAUCACUGGGAAAUGUCUGCUGAGAUUGAACCUCAGAAAAGAAUCUUCGGGAAGAACACCGGAGACAAGGAAGCGCUUUCUGAAGGAGAGGGUUCAUAUACAUUUCUGGAAAAAGGAGAGAAGUUUCUGGGCCCUUUAAUUCCUCCUUCGUAUCAGGCUGUCCAUGCUGAUGGACAACGUCAACCCACUGAUUUAAGCAAAAGCUUUUACGGUCCAUCCAACCAGCUGAAACCGCCGAGAAUCCCCAAAGUGGAGAAGUUGUAUAAAUGCUUGGAAUGCGGGAAGUCCUUCAGCCGCAGCGCCCACCUGAACUCCCACCAGAUCAUCCACACCGGAGAAAAACCGUACACCUGUUUAGAGUGCGGGAGGAGCUUCGUUCAGAGCGCCCACCUCGCCUCCCAUCAAAUUAUCCACACGGGGGAGAAGCCGUACCGGUGCUCAGAGUGCGGGAAAAGUUUCAACAAGAGCACCAACUUUCUGAGGCAUCAGAAGAUCCACAAGGGGGAGAAGCCACACCAGUGCGCCGAUUGCAACAAGACUUUCUCCGACAAACAGAGUCUCAUUCAGCACCAAAGGGUUCACACGGGGGAGAGGCCCUACAAAUGCUACGAGUGCGGGAAGAGCUUCAGCCACAAGGGCAGCCUCAAUGCGCAUCAGCGGAUGCACACGGGCGAGAAGCCGUACGGAUGCACGGACUGCGAGAAGAGCUUCCGGGAUCAAUCGAGCCUUAUUAGACAUAAGAGAACCCACACCGGGGAGAAGCCGUAUAUCUGCUCUGAGUGUGGGAAAAGCUUCAGCCAGAGCACCAACUUGAUUUUGCAUCAAAGGGUCCACGCUGACGGGAACUUUUUGGGAGAUUCUCCCCAAAAACUUAACACGGGGAUGGCCGUGUUAGAUUUUCCACCGAAUCCUGCAAACGGUUUAGUGGCGCUUGAAAGCUAAGGGGUGCUUUUGGCUCAGGUACCAGUAACUGUGAGAAGGAUCUUGGAGUCCUUAGUGGACAAUAACUUAAAUAUGAGCCAGCAGUGUGCUGCAACUACCAAACAUGCCAACACAGUUCUAGGCUGCAUAAACAGAGGGAUAGAAUCAAGAUCACGUAAAAUGUUAAUACCGUUUUAUAAUGCCUUGGUAAGGCCACACUUGGAAUACGGCCUCCAGUUCUGCUCGUCGGGAUGUAAAAAAGAGGUUGAGACUCUAGAAAGAGUGCAGAGAAGACCAACAAAGAUGAU